UAGAUGCUCUAAUGAGGUGAGUUUGGGAAAUGAGCGUUGGUUAAACGACAGUGACAUUAGUGCAGCAGCGGACACGAUAUAUAAAAUCCAACGGACCACCCACCCGCAUCCGCAUCUUCUUCUACUUGUUGUUGUCGGUGGUGGAGAAAAUCUCUAUGUGGUGUUGCUUAAUAAAUAGAUGUUGAUUACUGCUUGGAUCACUGAUAUCUUUGCUUGCAUGGGUGGUUGUUUUGGAUGCUGUGUGAAACCCACACCAAUUAUUGCUGUCGAUGAGCCGGCCAAAGGACUCAGAAUUCAGGGCCAGACAAUGAGAAAACCAACUGUAUCUGAUGGAUUUUGGAGUUCUAGCCCUUGUGAUCUGGAUAACAGCACCAUUCAAUCUCAACGAAGCAUAUCAUCUGUCAGUACAUUAAAUCAAAUUCUCUAUCAAAGCAAUGGAACUUCUACUGUGGGUACCGAUCCUGAAUUUGUAAACCAAGGCCUUCUUCUUUGGAAUGAAAGCAGGCUUCAGUGGACUGGACGAGGCAUAUCUGGGAAGCAAAGCCAAGAAAAACAAGAAUCCCGACUAAAUCGGAACGCAACUUAUGAAAGUUUGCUUGGGACUAGACAACCUUUCUCCAAGCCUGUACCUUUAUCUGAAAUGGUUGAAUUCUUGGUGGAUGUUUGGGAGCGUGAAGGAAUGUAUGGUUGAGACUUCAGAGGUUAAAAUGCCGAAGCUGUCUUUAAGUUAGUUUAUACUUCAUAUGUUGUAUUUAACUCAUGAAAGGCUUUAAUUUAUAGUCUUGCUGAGAAGAUUAAAAGAUCAAACACAAGUUUGUUCUCCCGUUGUAAUUUUUUCAAAUGCUAAGGCAAUCCUUUUGCUUUUUGCCUUUCCUGUAAAUGACUGUAUACCAUUUUCAAACCAAAACCAGCAUUGCUGGAUGCAGAAGUUGUUACUGUAACCUGUAAUUAUGCAUUUACAUGAGUCAGGAUCUUGUUUGCUACCAGACUCCUUGUGUCAUUUCCCAAGUCGUCUCCAUGGUGCUUGAGGUAAUAUUUUAAUAAGAUGUCUGUUCUUUUAUCGUUA